UACUCAUCGCCCCUUCACAUUUAUUGCGGAGCACAUUCUUCUUUCUGCCUGCUGCGUUGAGGAAUCGAUUGGGUCAGUUGAAGUCUGUCUCUGUAGUACGUUGCACGACGAAAAAGUUGUUUUUGAAAGGUUAAACAAUUGAAAUUGGACCACCUUGAAGUUGGAAUUUGAAUUUGAGUCUUGCCUUGUUUGUGGAACGAAAAAUAAUUCGACAUUGCCUUUGGCCUGCUGAAAAGACAGGGCUUUUGAUUCUGUGCGCCCCAAUUUUGUGCGAUUUUAGUUCAAUUUCAGUCAUCUUAUAUGACUUUAUUGAGAAGUACAGGGUUACCUGACUCCCUUGGGACGCCGUGUUCGCCAAACUCAGUCUUACAUAUAGACUCAUGCAGUCGGUCGUUGAUAUCUUUUCAACGUCAGGAACCGAUCGAUUAUAGAUCUUCUAAAUUUUCUAGCAGUCGUCACCGCAAAUUACAACCAUUGCGGCAAUCUUGAAACCUCGUUAUUGGACCAUCUUGAGGUCCGGGAAUCCGCACAACACGAACAGCAAAACAAGUUCAAUAGUAGUCAUUCGCACCUGCACCACGACGACGUCGCCUACUUUAACAACAAACUACGCGACGGGUGGCAGGAAACACCGCUACCAAAAUUCGAGAUUUUACAACCCACCUUUAUCAUAUGAUAUUCAGUUUUUCAAAUUAUUUAAUUCCCUUUCCUUUUGAAUGCAAGUGAUAAAGUGAGUGCCCUUCUUUUUGGCUAACUUACUGGGUCUUUUGAUACUAACUUUUCAUUUCAUUUCCCAAAAUAACUAAACAUUUCUCUUACACAGUAGAAACAAAAUUAGAAUUUUCCUCAAUUCUUGUCCCCAAAAAUUGUCAACGUUUUACCACGUCUAAUUAAUUUUCGCAUUACUACUUAAAAAUUCACGUGUCACUUGGCUCUUCAAGCGAAAGAAAUUACAAAUAGAUCACCUAUUGAAUUUUUAUUGAGGUUGACAAAAAGAUCAAUCCAGGCUUCAAUAUGAGUCUCAACGUGAAUCGCACCAUUGCCGACGUCUUCUAUCGGUACAAAAUGCCCAAACUCCAAGCCAAGGUUGAGGGGAAAGGAAAUGGAAUUAAAACCGUCAUUGUCAAUAUGGUGGAUGUGGCCAAAGCGCUUGGACGUCCUCCAACUUACCCGACUAAAUAUUUUGGCUGUGAGUUGGGUGCCCAGACCCAAUUUGACUUCAAGGAUGAACGAUAUAUCGUGAAUGGGUCGCAUGAAGCCGUGAAGCUCCAGGAUUUGCUGGAUGGGUUCAUUAAAAAGUUUGUCCUUUGCCCUGAAUGUGACAACCCUGAAACAGUUUUGGGUGUACAAGCAAAAAAAGAAGUUCUCACCCAAACUUGCAAGGCUUGUGGAUACAAUGGAGUUAUCAAAGGUGGGCAUCGACUCAUCAAUUACAUCAUCAAGAACCCUCCAGAUACAAAUCCGGCUACUCAAGGUGCAUCCCUUACUCAACGGAAGCGCAAAGAAAAGGGGAAGGCUCAAAAUGGAGGUGACAGCCCACGAGCUGAAGAUGAUGAUGACGACUGGAAUGAUAACUGGGAAGAUUCUAAUGGAAAACAGAACGGAGACAAUGACGAUGACUGGUCUGUGGAUGUAAGUGAAGAAGCUGUACGUCGGCGACAACAAGCUCUUAGCGAUGGUGUGAAAGGGCUUACUGUUUCGGACGAUCUGGAAAAACCUGAAAAGGAUCGCAUGGAUAUUUUCUACAAGUUCUUACAGUCCAAGAUAAAAUCUGACAAUAAAUUGGAUGACAAGGAGCUUCUCAGCGAGGCUGAGCGAUUGGAUAUUCGCCAAAAAGCGGCGAUUGUGCUCGUUGAGUUGCUUUUGGACAGUAACAUCAUUCAGCAGCUAAAGACCCAUAGAGUGGUUUUCCUGCGAUUUUGUCAUCAGAGUUCCAAAGCCCAAAAAUAUCUAAUUGGUGGAGUUGAGCAAGUCAUCAACCAAUAUAAAGAUAGCCUUCUUCCAAAAGUUCCGCUGAUCUUCAAGGCUCUAUAUGACCAAGACAUUGUUGAAGAAGAAGUGCUGAUUGAUUGGGAUUCAAAAGUGAGCAAAAAAUAUGUCAGCAAAGAAAUGAGCACCGAUAUUCACAAUAAAGCGGCUCCUUUUAUCAAGUGGCUCAAGGAAGCCGAAGAAGAGAGUUCUGAUGAUGCUCCUCCAAGUGACGAUGAUGAUGUCGAGAUCGAAUAUGACGACCGUGCAAAGAUUUCCAGCAUUCAAGCUCAGCCCAAACCACAACCUGAUAAGCCGAAAGAAGAACUGGAUGAUUUGGACAUUGACGCUAUUUAAGCAAUGGCAUUCAAAAUAAUGGAAUCACCAAAAUUGAUUGACACACUAACUACUCUCACUUACAUUAUCAAAUCGAAAACAAGCAAACAUACUGUACUCUGCUGAUUAUUUCCUACAAUUACUUGCAAAGAUCAUAUUCUUGAAAUUUAAUAGUUAAUCUGCGACAACCACACGGCUUUACUAACAAGUUACAAAUUUGGUCUGGUCACGCCUGUAUUAAUAAACUAUAUAUUGACAAUUAGGUAUAGUUAGUCAAUGUAAUAAAUCCACUGUUCGUUUUCCUGUAUUAGUUUUGAAAACAAUUCCUUGUCCUCUACACAGUUUUUUUUAAUUUGACACCUGUACAAAUUAUUAUCAAACAUUUGGUUUAUCUGUUUUUACUAUGCAUAACCAUUGAAAUACGAUAACCCAUGGGUGAUAACUUCCCUGAUUCAUUUGUACUUAUUUACUUACUACCAGAUACCCGACUAUGUGAACUUGAACAUGAAUUAUUAGUUUUUGUUUAAACAGUUUUACAUACUAUAUAAUAAUCAUUCUUGAACACACUUACAGAAAUCACUACUCUGUACUCGAAAAUAUUCUCAAUCAAUUAAUUAAUAUUACGUAGUUUCAUUUCGGGUUAGGGAAAACUUGUAAUUGACCACAUUUCAGAAUCCUCAUUUAAUCUGUAUUAUACUUAUGGGUUUCCUUAUAUAUAUAUUACUUGUAAAAUAUAUAUCUUAUAAAAUUGUUCUUGCUUUAAAAAGCGUGUGUACUCUCGACACCACCCACCAGUAAGUAAGCCUCGUUGAAUAAAAGGAUAUUCAUUUGCAGAGAAACCAAAA